AUGUCGGUUGUCUAUUAACUAACAUCGAUUCUCUUUUUAUUUCCACCUUUUUCCACUCCAACCUCUGGCAUAAACAACAAAAUCGUUCGAAAUUCAAACUGACUGACGUUACAUCAAUUCGUUUUCGAAAAUGACGACUUAAAAAUUUACAAUAAAACGGUUUUGUCAUAAGUGUUUUUGUAGUAAUCGUUUACAUUUAGAUAAUUAGCUGUUUGUUGGGUGUGGUGGGUCUGUCGAUGUGAUGCUGAUCAGCAAAGUGCCUGACGAGACGGCGUCCUCGCGAGACCACUCGCACGAGUACCAGACCGCCAGCGAACUCUUCGAUAUGAUGGCCAGGAACCACCCCUUCGAACCUGAUGUGGGUGAAAGUCUAUCAACUAGAGAUUUAGUAAUUUUAUACAAAAACAUCGAUUUAGGCACAAAACUCAUGUCCAACGCCGAAGAAUUGAAACGAAUCAGACCCAAUCAACACGUGGAGACGGUCGUUUACAACGACGACCUAGAUUCGGAGGACUCGGAUGUGAGCGAAAUUUACGGUAACGAAGACAUGCGCAAUGUAUUUUCGGUCAACAGCGAGCGAAUCGAUCUGUUCAAUGAUCGACCUCCCUACCAAAACACUCUUUGCCAGAAGUUAGGCGAUUUGGAAAUACAAGCUUCAAACCUGUCUAUGGAGUACGAUCAACAUUUCCUCUUCAAAGACCCCUACAUAAAAGAGCAGCUCAAAAACUUAAACGGCAUGGACGGGGAGUGCGAUGGGAUGGUUUUGCCGACUUCGCUCCUCGACUACAUUUGUUGCAAGCGGUUAGAGGAUAAUUACAACUUCUACAUGGAAAAUAUUAUCCGAUACGUCAAGCACACUAUUGAGCAGCUCAAGCGCAUCAGCAACGGGGACUACUUGACGGACAAAGCGAAAGAGAAAUGGAGGGAAGUCGAGAACGCUAGCAAAGGCGACGACGACACCAAAGUCCUCGCCACAUCGACAAGCAUCCCACUACAAGUCGAGCGCAAACUGAACGGAGUCUCGACCACGUGGGACGACAUCAUACACUCGGAAGUAGACGUAAGAUCUUUAUCGAAGAUACUGGAAAAGAAAAUUAUCGUGGAAGUGCCAAAAUUAAUCUGUGGAUCGUACAAACUGUUUAGCAAGUUCUGCUCUGAUAAUUUAAUUAUUAGUUGCAAAAGAGAGGAGGAGCCGGUCGCAACUGAGAAGAAGAAAGAAUCUCGAGUGGACGUGGUUCUUCAGCUAGAACGCUCGGAUUCUGGACAUGUCAUGAGCAACAUAAGUUCCAUAAUGAUAUUGCAAGCCACUCCUAUCCAACUCGAUGAGCGUCCCAAACCUCUUCCGUUGUCGUACAAUGAAAAAGACGAAGAAUGUUCGAACACUGAAAUUGAAGAACUUUCUUCUGUGAACGAGCAUAGAAAAGAUGAAGUAAAAAAGGUUAAAAUUGUUGAGGUUCAGGACACAACUGAUGACGCUGAUAUCAAUGCUGUCGGAGACAAUGAUACUGCUUUGAAAAAUAAUGAAGUUGAAAUGCUAGCUGACGAAAACAUUGAUGAUGGAAAUGAUUAUCCAAAUGAUUCUAAAAGUAGUGCAAUGGAAUCGGGUGAUUCAAGUAUCGCAUUGAGAGAUAUACUAGACACGAGAGCUAUUCCGAAUAUACUGCGAAAAGAAGCGCCAUAUAAUUUUAUAUCGCCCGAUGACUUAUCGCUGUCCAUGCAUAAACUAAACUUGAGCUCUCUACCUGAGGAGAACAGCGAAGAUACGUCCCAAAACCAACCAACCAAAAAGAAAUCGCCAAUGAAAGUUAGGAUUAAGUCACCCUACGAGAACAAAUCAUUUAUAAUGGAAGAAAAAAAGAGAAAAAAACUCUUGGAGAUACGCGAUAAACGUGAAAAAAAGAAAAUGGCAGGAGGUGAAAACUGUAAAGUUUCCAAGCAUAGAUACGGUAAAGGAAUCAUGCCGUCGAGUUCCGUCACAAACUUAUCGAUUACGAACAAAUCGUUUUAUAAUUCAAUUUAUGGCCAAAAUGUGAAUUUCGACAAUAAGUCCACCAAAAGUAAAGGACGUAGGGGUAAGAGAGAAUUAUUUAUCGACGCGCCUUUGGAGCAAUUGAGAGGAGAGAACGAGUCGCCGAUGUUAACUCCUGAUAAAAAUAACAAAAAAUAUGUCAAUCGAAGUUAUUACUUGGAUGAGGCCGUGACAGAAAUGAUGUAUACGCAACUGCGACAAAGCGACUGCAGCAGUGUCAGGGAAAUAUUCUCGGCAUCCGCUUCUGCUGUGUCCGCCGAGUUCGCCGCCAACAGAGCUGAAGCUGACCCCAGUGAUAAACUUGCUCCCAGUUUCCGGGAGGACUCGGAAAGCGAUGACGAAAACAAAGAUGCAUUUAAUGAUAAUCCGGGAAAAAAAGAUAGCCGCACAAUUAUGAUCACAUCUUCAAGAAGCAUACUUAAUGUUGUGCCUGCAAAUUCGCCUAAAAAUAACAAAGUUAAUGAUGAAGACGAAGAAGAAACUUCCGAAAAUCCUGUGCCAACCGUCGCUUGUAGAAAGAGCAUAGAAAAACUUUAUGAUCUGAUGAAGAAAUUAGGAAAGACCGACACGCUAGAAAUGAGGUCUUCCAGAAGCAAACUCUUAACCAAUAUCAGCAAAGUUGACGCUAUCGUACAAGGCACCUCUACCAUACAAGGCAGCGACAGUGGAACCAGCCUCAAACAUCAUUUGACCUCAUCGAAUCCUAGCAGUUUUAGUUUUGAGAAAAUUAAUAAUCACGAUGAGAUUCCAGAUUCAAAAAUAACGAGUAACAAAAAUACCGAUGCGCUCACUACGGUGGUCCCUAAAGUUAUAAUAAGUACAAAACAUCAAACUGUAAAAGCUGAGGUUGAGAAAGUGAGAAAAGAGCGUAAGAAAAUUGUCAUGAAUCCUUUAUCUAAAGUGCCAGACAACCCCCUGAAGGCCAUAUCGCAGCUACUUCACGAGUUUGAUAGCGUGCAAAAAACCAGGCAACGUCUUCCAUCAGAUUCCAAACCUAGCAGGAAAGGUGAUUCAUCACACGAAGGACGGAACGUACCCCGGCAAGGCUUCAUGGUUAAAAGACGUUCCCGAAUCGAUCAGUCCGCUAGAGAAAACGAAAUUCAAAGCGACAAAAAUUUUAAAGUGAUCGCUAGAGACCGAAGGGCCAGGCCCACCCCAGCGAUGGAACUUUUAAAAAUACCGCAUCAGCAGAUACCUAUCGAGGAGAAGCACGUCGAUCGCAAUGUUAAGGAAGAAAGGCACAACCCGCACAACGAUCGCGUUGCGAAAGAGGAUAAGCAUUUAGAUCGUUUUAGUAAGAAGAAAAUAGCCGACAUAAUAGAUGAGGUGAAGGAAGCGAAAGGUGAGGCGGUGCGCGGGCCUUCGAAGAUGAACUCUAGGUUGAAUUCACUGGCGCAGCCGAAGAAGUCUUAUGUGCAGGCGCACAGCGAGGAGUACCAGACGAGGUACGGCAGGAACCUCAUGGCGGAUCGCUUGCAGAGGCUGGCGUCGGCGCCGCCGGCGCCGCCGGCGCUCGUCGCCGAGAAGCCGGCGCUGCUGAACAUCAAGAACAAGCCGAGGAGGACCAGCACGGAGGCAGUGUCGUCGGUGUCGGUGAGACCGCCUCCGCCGCCGCAGGCUAUAGAGCGCGGGCUCAGGCUGCGGCGGUCGGCCAGCAGCAGCCCCGAGCCGCGCGCGCCCCCCGCGCCGCCCGCGCCCCGCCCGGGCCUCGCCUUUGAUGCGCCAAAUAACAUGUGA